AUGUCGAUUAGAGAAGGGAAGAUAGAGGUCGGGGUGUCCGAUGAAGUACAGAAUGUGGGACGGGGCCGGCUUCUAGCAAAGGAUGAUGCGAUCAAGGAGGUGUCAGGAAAGGUUCAAGGGCUGUACGAUGCGUAUCCGUAUCCGCCUGAAGCUGUCUUUGAUGGAGUCACGUGCGGCUACAACCAUCGCUGGUCGUAUACACACGCGUACAACUUCGUGCACGGUCAUGCACCGGUGAGCAACGAGAUCGAGAUUCUGGAUGCAGGAUGCGGGACUGGAGUCACUGCUCAGUACCUCUCACACCUUAACCCCCGUGCGAAGCAUUUUGACGCUCUCGAUCUAUCGGCAGAAGCGCUCAAGGUUGCGAAGGAGAGGGCAGAAAGAGCUUUCCUGGUCGGAAAUCCGAACAACGCGCAGUUUCACCACAUGAGCUUGUAUGAUGUUGCAAAGCUCGACCGUACCUACGACUUCAUCAACUGCGUGGGAGUUCUUCACCAUCUCCCCGAUCCUGUCAAGGGCCUGAGAGCGCUCUGUGAGCGCUUGAAACCAGGAGGCAUCAUGCACAUCUUCGUUUACUCGGCGCUGGGUCGACGGGAGAUCAUGUUGAUGCAGGAAGCCCUGGCGCUGCUGCAGGGGGGGGAGUGUAACUUCAAGGAAGGAGUCGCGCUGGGACGGGAGGUGUUCAAGGCCCUUCCUGAUUCGAGCAGGAUCAAGACGCGCGAGAAAGAGAGGUGGGCGAUGGAGAAUGAGAGAGACUCCACGUUUGCGGACAUGUACCUGCACCCGCAGGAAGUCGAUUACACGGUUCCAUCGCUGAUGCAGUGGAUCGACACGGUGAGCGAUCUCGAUAUCAAGUUCGCUGGCUUCAGCAACCCCAAGCUGUGGAAGCUUGACAGGCUCCUCGGAGGUGCUCCAGAUGCUCUGGCCCGGGCCAAGAAACUUUCGCAAGAGCAGCAGUACCGUCUUGUAGAGUUGCUGGAUCCCGACACCUUCACUCAUUACGAGUUCUUCCUGGUCAAGGGGGACGUGAAGAGGAAAGACUGGCGAGAGGUCAGCGACGAGGAGUUCUACUCCGCCAAAGCCAUCCGUCAAGCAGGGAUUCAGCCAUGGCCCGCCGACCGAGUCUUCGACCAGGACUACAACCUUGUGCAGUUCACCGAUGCAGAGUACGCCUUCCUCCAACUCUGCGCGCAGGAUCCAACGGUGGAGACGGUGAGGGGCGGGCGAGGAGGGAGGUGUACGUCGGAGGUCUAA